AUGCCUUUUGCGAAGCAGCAGCAGCAGCUCAUCCCGAGAAGCGCAGAGGAGCAGCAGCAGCAGCUCUUGCAGGCCCAACAGCAGCAGCAGCAGCAGCAACACCUACCGCAGCCUCAGGAGCAGCAGCAGCAGCUUCUGCAGGCCCAACAGCAGCAGCAGCAGCAACAACCGCAGCAGCCCCAGAAGCAGCAACAGCAGCCCCAGGCAGCGUCAACCGCUUCCAGUCCAUCACAGGAACAGCAGCAGCAGCAGCAACAGCAGCAGCAGCGUUGCCUCCCGCUGCCCAAGUUGCCCCCACCAACAGCAGCAGACAUUGAAAAAGUUUUGCUGCGAGCCCGCAACAGACAAACAGCCAGCAAGGGGGCCCCUGGGGGCCCCCCUGGGGGCCCCUCGGGGGGCCCCCCUGCAAGGACCCCUAGCUAUACGUUUUCCCAUAAGGGGGAGCAGCAAGCCAGCAGCAGCAGCAGCAGCAGCAGCGACAGAGGAGCGUCCCAGCAGCACAAGGGAACAGUUAAUACCGCUCCCGCUGCUGCUGGUCCUGCUGCUGCUGCUGGUCUUGCUGCUGCUGCUUCCCCGUCUAACUUUCUACUGGGGUUUAACAUUUUUAAUAGAUAA